GCGCAUCAGAUUCGGCCCGUGCCUGCCCUCCCUGACUAGUGAGUCAUCAAAAGUCUGUCUUGCACCAACACCCGGAGCCGUGCAUUCCUCUGGCACCAACGCGCCACUGUUUUUAAAGCUGGGGCUGGGAGCUGGCAUUUACUUCAGCUCCCAAAUCAAAGGCGGCUAUUCAUUCCCGAGAGCUGCCUGGAUGUUCGUCUGCAUCCGGCUGCUUCAUUGAGAUGCUGCGCGCUGCCCGGGAGAGCCGGCCUGGGUGCAGCUGAGCUGUGGCCGCUGAGUCCAGCGCCCAGCUCUCUGCCACCCCCACCCUCCUGCAGGGCUCCUUACGCCCUCCCCACCUCAGGGUUCCUUGCUGCAUUCCCCGAGCAGCUGGCGGGCCGGUGUGCCGGAGCCUGCUGCCAGGCUGAGUGGGCAGUGUCUGCCGCCGGCCACAGUCGCUAAAGAUGUGCCUCAUCCAGGCUGUCCCACGCUGAGUUUCAGACCCGCCCACCACAGCACCCGCCAUGUCUCAGAUGCUGCACAUCGAGAUCCCCAACUUUGGGAACACAGUGCUUGGCUGUCUCAAUGAGCAGCGCCUCUUGGGCCUCUACUGUGAUGUGUCCAUCGUGGUCAAAGGCCAGGCCUUCAAGGCCCACCGUGCAGUUCUGGCUGCCAGCAGCCUCUACUUCCGAGACCUCUUCAGUGGUAAUAGCAAGAGUGCUUUUGAGCUGCCCGGCACGGUGCCGCCUGCCUGCUUCCAGCAGAUUCUGUCCUUCUGCUACACAGGCAAGCUUACCAUGGCGGCCAGCGAGCAGCUGGUGGUCAUGUACACAGCGGGCUUCCUGCAGAUCCAGCACAUCGUGGAGCGGGGCACAGACCUCAUGUUCAAGGUGAGCUCACCCCACUGUGACUCGCAGACCGCCAUGAUUGAGGAUGCCAGCUCGGAGCCCCAAAGUCCCUGCAACCAGCUGCAACCGGCCACCGCGGCCUAUGUCGCAUCCCCUUCUGUGCCCAUCCCACUUCUGACCCGCGUAAAGCAUGAAGCCAUGGAGAUGCCGCCUGCCACUGGCCCAGGCUUGGCUUCUAAACGCCCCCUGGAGACGGGCCCUCGAGAUGGUGUGGCAGGGACACCUGGUGCAGCCCCUCUGAAGCUGCCUCGCGUCUCCUACUACGGUGUGCCUAGCUUGGCCACUCUCAUCCCCAGCAUCCAGCAGGUACCCUAUCCCCAGGGGGAGCGGACCAGUCCUGGGGCCAGCAGUCUGCCCACCACUGACAGCCCCACCUCCUACCACAACGAGGAGGAUGAGGAGGAUGACGAAGCCUAUGAUACCAUGGUGGAGGAGCAGUAUGGCCAGAUGUACAUUAAGGCGACAGGAAACUAUGCAGUGCAAGAGAAGCCAGAGCCAGUGCCCCUGGAGAGCCGCUCCUGCGUCCUCAUCCGUCGAGACCUGGUGGCGCUCCCUGCCAGCCUCAUCAGCCAGAUUGGGUACCGCUGCCACCCAAAGCUCUACUCGGAGGGAGAUCCCGGAGAGAAACUGGAGCUUGUAGCAGGCUCUGGGGUCUACAUCACACGUGGGCAGCUCAUGAACUGCCACCUGUGUGCAGGAGUGAAGCACAAGGUCCUGCUACGGAGGCUCCUGGCCACCUUCUUUGACAGGAACACCCUGGCCAAUAGCUGUGGCACUGGCAUACGCUCGUCUACCAGUGACCCAAGCCGAAAGCCACUGGACAGCCGAGUACUGAAUGCUGUGAAACUGUACUGUCAGAACUUUGCCCCCAGCUUCAAGGAGAGUGAGAUGAACGUGAUCGCUGCAGACAUGUGUACCAACGCCCGCCGUGUCCGCAAGCGCUGGCUGCCCAAGAUCAAGUCCAUGCUGCCAGAGGGUGUGGAGAUGUACCGUAGCGUCAUGGGUGCCUCCGCCGCCAGCCUGCCCCUGGACCCCGAGUUCCCACCUGCUGCUUCGCAGGUGUUUGAGCAGCGCAUCUAUGCUGAGCGGCGAAGUGACGCAGCCACCAUCGUGGCUCUGAGAACUGAUGCUGUGAAUGUGGAUCUGAGCACCUCGGCCAACACUGCCUUUGAGGGUAGUGAGGAGGUAGAUGGGGCUGGCUCAGUUAUCCAGGAGGUGGCUGCACCUGAGCCGCUGCCUGCUGAUGGCCAGAGCCCUCCUCAGGCCUUCGAGCAGGGCAACGCCAGCUCCAGCAGGCCUCAGACACCAGUGGCCACAGCAACAAGAAGGCCAGAGGGCACCUAUGCAGGGACCUUGUAAGUGGCCAGCAAGGCCGACUCACAAGGCACCGAGUACUAAAGCUGCUUGCAUGCGUUACUAAUACAAACAAAUGUGAUCAAGCCACUUACCUACUGAACUGCUACUGCUGCCUGACAAAAAUGUGAUUUUUAUUCUGCCUGUAUUUAAAAUGGAUGAAGGAAACAAACGCAUUCAUUAUACUGUAAACAUUUAGGCCGCCGGCCAUACCCUGGGAGAAAGGUCCCAGGGCAACUUUUUGAUAUUCCCCAGCUCAGUCUCCCACCGUAGUACUCCCUCCCCCUUCUUGGGGAGGUAGAAGAGGCCACCAGGUCCCUGAUAUACGGCACUGACCCUGCCUCAUCCACCCUUCCUAUUCCUCCUGCUCUGAAAGCAGAAGCUGGGGCAGUCGUGGCCUAUGGCUGGAAGGGUAGACACGACACUCCAUUCUUACCCAUAAGGACCCCACUGGGGCAGUAGAGGAGUGCUGGGCCUCCAGACUUCUCCUUUUCAUUCCUCCCAAGAAGCCACCUGUGUGUGCGUGUGCGUGCGCGCAUGUGUGUGUGUGUGUGUGUGUGUGUGUGUGUGUAUGUGUGUGUGUGUGUGAGAGAGAGAAUGAUUAUGUGUGUACACAGAGACAAGUGAUGGCCCUGCAGCAGUGGCUGUGGCUGGUCACCUGGGGGAGGGGAAGGAUGAGGCAACCCCCCCCCCCCAUACCUAUGUCCUCACUCUGCUAACCCCACGUCCCCAGCGGCUGGCCUGCUGACUCCCUGGGGUCUCUCUGCCCCUGGCCAUGGCUGCCCUCACCACCCUCUGCCUCCCCAGCCACUCUGGGAUUUUACUUGUUUGCUGUUUUUGUUUGGUUCAGAUCUAUUUCGUUUGUGGUUUGGAAACUUUCAGACCCAACAGAGCAAAAAAGAAAAAAAAAAAGAAAAAAAAAAAGAAAAAAAGUGAGAGAGGAGUGUCCCUGGCCCUAGCCUACCACAGAUUUGGGUGAAUACACGCCCAUAAGCCCCCAUCCUGGCCUCCCAUUGGAGGCAGAGGGGUCCCAGGAAAGUGCAGCUGGCUGUGUGCAGCUAGGCUAGGCACCUGUGGGCCUGGCCAGCAGGCCACCAGGGUGGGCCUAUUGCUCACUGUGGGUACCUGUGUGGUUGGCGGCAGGUACAGGCCUGGGCUGGAGUAGUUAGCAGGUGUAGAUCUCAUUGGGGAACCAGAAAGUUAGAAAGUUAUGAGGGGGCACCUGCAGAAGGGGCUUUGAGGACAGCCGGCUGGCUUGACACUGGUGUUUCAUCAUCUUAAAGUGUGGAAUAUGCUCCUGAGGCCACUUACCCAGGUGUCUCUUCUUGGACUCUUGUCCAUGGACUGCCUGCCCACCUGUGAAAGGUCUAAUGUUCCCUAUCCCUCUAUGCAUCUUGAAUUUGCUGCCCGAGAACCUUCCUGUGUGCCCAUAGGCUGGGCAGUCUCUCCCCGUUCGGAGGGCCGUGGUAGGAGAGCCUGAGUUUAGACUCCCUCUGUGUCCCCUCUUUUUGCUGGCACUUCCCUGGGCUUCCUAGGUAGCCCCCAUACUGUGCUGACUACUUCCCCAGCCCCCUUUGAAAGACCUGUGGUUUGAGAAAGGGAAAGGGGCAUCAUGACUGUGGGAGCUGAACUGAGCCCCUCUCCCUGCUCCUUGGUAACCCAGGGCCUGCAUUCCCAGGGCCAGGACUACAGAGCUUGCUACUAUCCAGCUCUGGAACUGGCUGCCCAGAGAGGGACCUCUCACCCCUCCAUUCCCAUCUUAGUCCUAGGUAGUGACUUGGACCAAACCCUCCUGGUGCUGGGAGAAGACCAUAGAACUGUGGAGGGUAUGGCAGGAUGGGGGGUGGGGCUGUGCCCUUCCCCUCUGCAAUAGUCCUUGAUCUGCUUCCCCCGCCCAAAUUUGCACUUUAAUUUGACCAUCCUUAGGGACCUUUGGGAGACAGACCCACCUGUUUUGGUUGGUGUCAGAAGGGCUCUUUCUCAUCCCUCCACUCCAAGAUGGUCUUGGUCCCCACCUUGGGUCAGCAUAGGGAGGGUGCCGCCGGCCAUUAGAGGAGACUGUGGCCGCACAGAAUGCCUGACCACUGCUCGGGCUAGCACAAUGUCCUCAACCUCUGUCCCUUAGUGUUUAUAAUUGCCAUCUGUUUUGUUCUGGGUAAGGAAGGCAAGAGCUAUAGGUAAAACUUCAAUAAUAUUAAUUAAAUGUGAAUGGAUUCUGAGCUCUCCCUGUGCCCCGGGUGGGCCAGGCAGAGCGUUUUGCACUAAUGUGUCCCAUGGUGGACAUGGUGGGGAGCGUUUGCAGACAUACAUGGCCAAUGACUGUACCUGCUUGGGGGGAGGGCACUCCCUCUGCAUCCUGAAUGUACUGCGAGGCAGGUGGGUGGCAGGCCUGGGCUCCGAGGGGCCUUCCAGAGUGCCUUAGCAUCUUUUGAUUAUUUUUCUUCCAAGAAAAACCAAUUUAAAAAACCAGACUCCCCUCCUUUGUUUACAAAAUGAUUAAUUCCAGAAUCGGGGCUGUCUUGUCCUGCCACGUGACCCUGACUCGUCCAGACCCUAUAGAUGAGAGCCUCUCAGUAUUCGUCAGAUGUCUGCACCUCUGUUCCUAGCUUGACUACUAGCAAUAUGCAUAUACUAUGUAGAGUCUAUUGUAGAAACUAUUGCUACAUCAGCAUCUUUGCCAUGAGGACAGUUGGGACUGGAUCACGUUGGAUCUGCUGGGGUGGGGCUGGGUCCAGCCACCAUUCUUUUGUCCUCCCAGAGCAGACAACAGUCCCUGGGACAAGCUGGCAGCUGGGAUGAGUAGAGCAGGUCCAGGGCAAGGGACCAGAGACAGGGCUGAUACUGUGAGCUUGGAGGGACUGCCUGCCUGGCUGGCUGGCUCAGUACUUGAAUUCUGUCUUGUUUUCUGUACCAGUUGCUCCAGCUAAUGUCUGAUUUGGUGUCUUACGUUGCCCUUGAAUGUGGAUGCAGCGGUGUGUGAAAGGCGAUCAAGGCGAGGCUCAGAGUCCUCCAUGGUGUGACUGCAGGGCUAGCCUCGAGGACAAUUUAGCUGUGUGGUGGUUUUAGAGCUGGGAGGAAGGCGGAAGAAUGGGCCUGUGAGGGCUGGUCAGCUGGCAGGGCCUAUCCCCUCCAUGGGACUGUGGGGUGCCUAGUGCUACCUGGUUCAAAAGCAGGAACUUCUGAGCCCAGUGCUACCCCUGUCUUGCUCUGCCCGUUGUGCCCUGCUCAGGUUCCCCAAAGAUGGUGACUCUUAGCUUCAGUGCGAAGGGCACAUGGCCCACCAACCAGCUGACAACUUGAAAGACCCUGUUAGAAUCUGCUGUGGAUCCCAAAUUGGACUGGUGAGCACGUGACAUCUCAGCUUUACCCACUGCUUGGAAUGGUGCUGCUGCUGUGUGGUUCAGCAUGAUGUCAUCCUGCCCAGCCUGGGCUGCUGGAAGAAGGGCUUGAUACGAAGUGUUUCAAAAAUGGCAAAGGUGUUUGCUUUUGUUUUGUUUUCCUAAAAAAGGACAAGGAUGCAGGAUCUAAAGCAUUCUGAUUGACUAGCCUCUGCGUGUGUCCCCAUCUGUCGCCUCAUUGCAAGUGUUUUGCACACGAUUGUGAUUUUUAUGUCAAAAGAAGCCAAAAUUUGCAAUACUAUUUUUAGCAGACAAAAAGAGAACUCAGUAUAAAAUGUAUAAAUAUUUUUGACUUGAACAUUUUGGGUGGCACUGGGUGCAAGGAGAAGUCAUCCCUUCUGUGGGAUGUUUGCAGAAAAGGACCCUAAAAAGAGGAUUGUUUUGAAGGCACUGUCUAGGGGUUAAAGUACUAUCAUAACUCAUGACUGUUAGAAAAUAAGUUAAUAAAGUCAGUUCCCCACCUUUAAGGAGGCCUUCACAGAACCACUGAGCUAGAGCAGACGCCACAUCCUGGCUUUCUUUUGUUUGGGGAGGAGGAGGCCUUUAUUUUGUCCCUCCAGCAUCCUCCUCUCUCUCUGUGCUGUGACCCCGUAGUGACAAGACUGUUACUUUGUAGCCAUGGCUGACAACAUUGUAUCAAUAACUAAAACCACAGCAAUGUCCGCAAGCUGACCAGGGCAACCCAAGAGCUAUGAGCCUGUGCUCACGGCUGUUUCAGAGGUGGAAAUCCAUGACAAAGGAAAGAAUGUCAUCAUUAAUUAUAAAGCGCUUUGUAAAGUUCACAUUUACAGAAUAAUAAAGUCAAUUCAAACCCAA